AUGGUCUUCUCCUAUCCCCGUGAGAUGAUGAUAUCCGGCGGUACCUCUCAGCUGCUAAUCUCCGAAACACGCCUCUGUCGCACCCCGAGUAUCCUUGUGGUUUACACGUUUAUCCCUCAAGGAUCUUCGCCUACCCGUUGUCUAGACUGCGAUGCCGUAUUGCUUACCUCGCUUCCCCCUCCCAACAAACGCGCCUUAAUUACACGCCACAAAAAUCCAUUCUCUUUGUGGAGGCCUCGCCCUCUACGGCUGUCGCAUCCGAAACUCAUCAAUCGACUCGGACUUUGCCCUGAAAGUGGCUGUACGCCUGUUAGCUCUACCUCUCUCAAAAUUAAAAACCGCAUCUUCGGAUCAACGCUGGUUAAUGGAAAGGCAAUGUUAAAACACUCUUUGCAUGCGUUUGCGUUGAUGGCCACAUCAUCACGCGCUCGCUCGUUAAUUACACCCAUGCUCUUCAACCACGAGAAUCAACCAUUUCCUGCGCUAGUUGUCAUCUCGUCCUCCGUGGUUCAUACCAUUGUAGGACAGAUACACGCCUUAGGAGCACCUCCUUGGCGUGCUGGUAACAAUCCUCCCAUACGCUCACCGUCUGUACGGGUUAAUCCUAUCGGUAUCCCCUUCCAUCAGGGCAGAACGCUGCCUGCUUGUUCCACUGGUCUCACCUGGGCGACUUCUUCUCAGACUAGGCUACGUGCUAUCAUCAGGCCACAGUUUCGUUUCAUUAUACGCCGCUCCGCAGAGGAUCUAUCAGAGGUGCCUGGAUAUCGAGUAUUGGUUCCCUCAACAACGAAGAUCCGAAUCACGCUCCUCGAUGACUUCUCCACUCCCAUACGCCUUUCACGGAUGCCGUUGAUUAAUUAUACACAGCUGACAAUCGUUCGGAUGGAAGGAUCCUUGUACCCCUCUCCUCUUUUCUUCCUUCUUCUCCUCUCAAAAUUAAAAACGGAUCAAGCCAAGGAAUUUUUCCUUCAUAAAUAACGAUUAGGCUCUCUCUUGCAUGCGAUGUAAGACCAAGAGCACAUCUUCUCACGUUCGUUAAUUACAUCGCACUAUCUAAUCGUC